CUCGACCAUCAUGUCCUCUCAUCGAGAGUUAUUCGAGCCCUUUCAGCUGACUGGAGCUUCUCAAUAAGCGACCUGAAUUUCCUUAUGCUCAGCGUCCCUUGCAGACGUACAGUUUCUCCGCCAUAAGGCUUCUCCGUCAACAACAUGAUCUCCUCCGCUGCUUCUUUGGUCAUACGCCCUCCCUGGACCCGCCGCGGGCCGCACUCUCCACUCUGCCGCGGUCUCGGGCCAUGUCUACGAGCGGUAUUGCGGGCGAACCCUGCACUACUAGACAAGAAACCCAGUUCGUCUUCGAGUAGUCAAGUCGUAUCCCAACCUAUCUAUUUGGGUCGGGCAAAGAAACCCAUGGUACAAUGCAGUCUGGCCCUUGGGUACACUUCGAGAACGACCCCAUCAUGAUCAUGCGUGGAAAAUGUUCAAUAAUCGAACAGCAGGUGAGCAUUACCUCACCCGGGUUUACUGCAUCAUUGCCGCGCCUUAAAGAGCGAGCGCGAUGAGGGCGAUCCCCAGCGGUAUCGCCCCCGCAUCCAGCAUGCUACUAAGAUCACUUGCCGCCCUAUGUGCGGCGCUUGCUUGCGCGAACCUUGCCCUCGCGCAAGGUUCCGAGACCAACUCCACGGGCAUCAAACUUCAGAACGGCUUCGAACGCGUCUUCAUUCAACCCUUUGGCGAGAAUGGCUUCCGCGUCCGGACCAGCCUCAUGCGCGAUCCCACCGGGAACGAAUGGAGCGGCCUUAUCGACCCGCCCCUCGAAGGCCCCGGAGGCAAUGCGGGACUCACCUACGACACCCUCCUCCCCUACCACGGCAACGCGACUAUCCAGAACGGCAACAUUCUCGCCACCGUAGACCUCGGCGUUCUCUCCUUCUUCCGCCUCGAGCCUAACGGUAGCACCACGCUUCUCACCGGCGAGUUUACCGACGAGAAGGCGAUCCCGGCGCGAUACUACACGCGCAACUUCCUCUCCGAUAGCUUUGCCGUCGAUCUCGCGUUCUCGGCGGAGAAGGACGAGCAGUUCUAUGGCACGGGGCAGCAGGCGUGUUGCAAGGACCACUCGGUCAAUAAGAAGGGGCAGGUGGUGGACUUGUUCAACUUCAAUAGCAAUGUGGCACUUCCGGUGUAUAUGUCGAGCAAGGGGUACCUGCAGUUCUUCAAUAUGCCUAGUCAAGGGAGGAUAGAGUUCAGCCCAUUGAGGACUCGUUUCCAUGCCACGGAAACGACCGUCGUGGAUUACUAUAUCACGACCGCACAACCCGGCGACUAUGAUACCCUGCAGAAACAGUUCACCUCCGUCACCGGGCGUCAGCCUACGCCGCCCGACUUCCUUCUCGGCUACCAGCACUCCAAACUGCGGUACUUUGAGCAGCAACAAGUCCUCGACGUCGCGCAGCGCUUCCAUGAUGAACAGAUCAACGUCUCGCUGCUGGUCGUAGACUUCUUUGCUUGGAAGUACCAGGGUGACUGGUCUUUCAACCCAGAGUAUUGGCCCGACCCCGAGGGCAUGGCCGCGAAAGUCAAGGAGCUCACUGGCGCCGAGAUGAUGGCCUCGCUCUGGCCCAGCGUCGAAGAUAACUCCGAGAACUACGCAGCGCUGCAGGAGCAGGGUCUGUUGGCGACGACGCGUGAUGGCACGGGCGUGACGGACUCAUUUGCGGGGGCGUAUACGAGGUUGAUCGACUCGACGAAUCCGGCAGCGCGCGAGUUUUUGUGGAAGCGGCUGAAUGAUAGUUACUUCUCUAAGGGUAUAUACAACUUCUGGAUCGAUCAGGCAGACGGUGGAACCCUCGGAGAGGCUUUCGAGAACAACGGUCAAACCAUCCAAAACAUCCCCUACAGCCGCGCCUUCACCCAAUACUACAUCGGCACGCAGGAAGGCGCCGGCAAGAUGUACCCCUGGUUCCACGAACAAGCCGUCGACGAGGGCCACCGCAACCUCACCAACACCGCGCGCGACGACCCCGCGUGCCCCUACAUGUCCCUCACGCGCAGCACGUGGGUCGGCGGGCAGCGCUUCUGCACGUACCUCUGGUCGGGCGACACGCGCUCGGAGUGGGCGACGCUGUCGCAGCAGGUGACGGCGGGCGCGAGCGUCGCGGCAUCGGGCAUCUCGUCGUGGACGCUCGAUAUUGGCGGGUUUGCGGGGUUGAAUGUCGAUCAGGAGGAGGAUAGGGAGUUGUUUGUGCGGUGGUUUGGGUUUGGGACGUUUUUGCCGUAUAUGCGGGCACAUGGCGAUCGCGAUUGCAACCUCACGAGGCCUACCAAUCAGUCGUAUGCUAACCCAUGUCCGAACGAGCCCUGGUCCUUCGGAGAUGACAACUUCGUUGUUUUGAAGAAGUACAUCUCUCUGCGCUACCAGCUCGUCCCCUACGUCAAGAAGCUCUUCGUCGACCUCCAGGCCUCGGGCAAGACGAUCAUGCGCGCGCUUUACUACGACUUCUCGCUCUCGGACCCAGCAGUAGUCGAGGGCACGCGCACCAACGAUCCGUCGAUCGUCCACGAGUACAUGCUGGGCCCGCGGCUGCUUGUUGCGCCGGUGUGGGCGACAAACGUGACGAGCUGGGAGGUGUAUCUUCCGAAGUUGCCGGAGGCUUAUGUGGAUGAGGGUUGGGAGUGGACGCAUUGGUGGACGGACGAGGCUUACGGCGCCGGGGGCGAGAAGGUGAACGUAAGCGCGCAGCUGGACGAGAUUCCUGUGUUCUAUCUCGGGUCCAAGGACGAUAUCUUCUCAGGCAAUGUUUGAUUUGAAGAGCUGCUGUUGUACAAAGCAUGAACACCAAUGUAUUCUUGAAGUUCGAGUUCCUACUAGUAUAGCACUUUGUGGGUCCAGCC